AUGAGUGAAUUGGUUGCCAUAUUUGCACCUGAACCAAUCAAAUUAAUGAUUGACCCAACACGAUAUGUAAUAAUCCCAAGACCAAUUACUAUUCAAUUUCAUAAAUUAAAAUCAUAUUUUCAAAAAGAUCCAAUUGCUACAUUUCAAGUUGUUGCAGCAUUAGUAAGAGAACAAAGAAGAGAAGAAGCACAAAAAUUUCUUUUAGAAAUAAUGACAAAUAGUUCAUUAACACAAUUAAGUCAAUCAAUAGAACGAUAUUUUUAUUUAGUUAUUGGGUCAUUAAAUGCAUAUACAGGAAAUGAACAAAAUAACAAAAUAUGUCAUGAAUAUCUUGAGAAGUCAAAACGAUUUGGAGAUAAUGAAUUUACUGAAUGUGUUUAUGGAUUUAAUGCAUUUUAUUCUAAAAAACCUUGUAAAGAUUACUUUAAACGUGCAUUAGAAUUAAAUAAAAAUUAUGCACCAGCAUUAAUUGGUCUUGCAUUAUGUGAAUUAAAAGAUCACAAAGAUGGAGUUGCAUUAUCUUAUUUUAUUCAAGCACUUAAAAAACAACCAACAAAUGUAAGUAUUAGGUGUGGUAUUGGUAGAAUAUAUUAUUCUCAAAAAGAAAUUAAAUUAGCAAUUCGAUGUUAUGAAAGUGCAUUAGUUCUUGAUACUAUUUGUAUUGA